CACAUGCCAUUACAUCUCUCUCUCUCUGCUCUUAUUCAACAUCUCCAUGAAACUGCUGGGUGAGGUUAUCCACCUGUAUGGGGGUCCAGAAUCAUCAUCAGCUGAUCAUGCCCUGUUAUACAUCUCCAUCCUAGGCUGACCGCGUGAUGAUGGAGAGAUGGGCUUAAAAUCAGAUGCAGGUCGCUUGGUGUUCUUGGAGGGAGAGCGGGCAAGGAACUCUAGCUGCAUAUCCCAUGUCUUGGAGAACUGGUUUUAACUCCUUGGGGGAGAGAUUCUUCACAUGUUAAGAGGCACUGCUUUCUUCUUAACCCCUCCUCCCCCAAAAUAUGGGUCUCUAUUUGUUGCAAGACGAAUUGGCUCCAAAGUCUGGAACAGGGAUAUGCAGCAGUUUGGAACAAAAGCUAAAAGAUGCUUCAGAGAUCUGUAGCCUGGAAGAAGGUUCUGAAAUAGAGGUUUGAUUCUCAACUUGCUCUUAGCCAUGGUUUGCUUUCCUGGUUUGCUUAAUAAGCAACAGUUAGCUGCCUUCACAAGUAACACUAAGCCAUGAAUCAGAGGUUAUGAACCAGGCUGGAUUAACAUGACAUGUGAGUUGAACCGUUACGGCUUCUUGUGUGAAUGUUAAAGAGAGUGGGUGGCAGACACAUUUUCUAAGUAAAUGUAAAUUCAGUAAAAGUUGGUUAAGCAAGCUAUGGGUGCUGGGUGUGGCCUCAGCUGAACGGCCAUAUGUUUUUUGGGGGCUUUGGCUUAGCAUGUUGUUGGAACUCGGCCAUUGUGGUUUCCAAGCUAUGAUUUAUGGGGAUCCAGGUAGCUGUGGCUUAGUCAACAAAGCAGAGUUUGGACAAACCAGCCUGGCCCAACUGCUGGCCCCGCCUUUCCCUUUUUGCUUUCUAGCCAUCAUCGAUGAACUGAUUAAGGAAGAUGGAUUUGAUGAGAGCCCCGGGCUCGCCCGGGCCCCUCUGAACGGGCCAGCCAAGCUGAUUCCCCGAAGCACCGACUUCACGCCACCAGUGGAGACGCAGAGUCUAGUCAAGCCUGGAGGGAUGAGCCUCCUGCAGAUCGGGAUGGAGCCGUACAGGGUCUCUGGCCUCCCGGCCCCGGGGUCCCCCCAGGAUUCGUUCCCUUCCCAGCUGUCCCAGAGCCUCAACAACUUGACGUUGCGGUCCGAGCUGAUCUCGAGAGGGAUGUCGCGCCUUCCGCUCCCCAGCAGCCGGUGCGCUGAUGCUCCUUGGCCACCGCCUGCCCCUUCCAGGUGCCCCACAGUGCCCCAGGAGCCGCUGGAUGGCAUCAUGCAGGAACCCCCCAAGCUAGUGAUCACCGAGCAGCCGAAGCAGCGAGGGAUGCGCUUCCGGUAUCAGUGUGAAGGACGGUCUGCCGGUAGCAUCUUGGGGGAAGGAAGCACCGAGACGAACAAAACGCUGCCCGCCAUUGAGCUGCAGAACUUUGCUGGGAUCCCGGAAGUGAAAGUGACGGCUUGCUUGGUCUGGAAGGAUUGGCCUUAUCGGAUCCAUCCCCACAGCCUGGUAGGGAAAGACUGCAGCAAUGGGCUCUGUGAAGUGACCCUGAAACCUCGAGUCAAUGCCAGGCAUAGCUUUAACAACCUUGGGAUCCAGUGUGUGAAGAAGAAAGACAUAGAAGAAUCCAUAGAGAAAAAGCUACAACUUGGAAUUGAUCCUUUCAAAGCUGGUUCACUAAAGAACCACCAGGAGGUUGACAUGAACGUGGUCCGAAUCUGUUUUCAGGCGUCCUAUCAGGAUUCUACAGGAAAGACGUGGCACCUGAAUCCCGUCCUCUCAGAACCCAUCUUUGACAAAAAAUCCACAAACACGUCAGAGCUAAAAAUCUACCGGAUGAACAAAGAAUACGGCAGCUGUACAGGUGGGGAGGAGCUCUAUUUGCUGUGCGACAAAGUCCAAAAAGAAGAUAUUUCCAUUGUUUUCCGGAAAGAUUCUUGGGAGGGCAAAGCUGAUUUUUCCCAAGCAGAUGUUCAUCGGCAGAUUGCCAUUGUGUUCAAGACCCCCCCAUACCAACACCUUGACAUCCUUGACCCAGUGGAAGUGGAGGUGUACCUGCGUCGCUUGACUGACAGUGUUUCCAGCGAGCCUUUCACUUUCACCUACCUGCCGAAAGACAAUGAUACGUACCGGGUCAACAAAAAAAGGAAGCAAGGUAUGCCCGAUGUCUUGGAGGAACUCUCUGGCCCAGACCCUCAUGGGAUUGAAGCAAAGAGGAAGAAGAAGAAGCCUGACUACAUGGACCAUUUCAACUUGACUCCUUCAGCAGAAGUCUCCCUGUCCUGUCCCGAGGAUGGGAAUUUCCUGGCCAGCUUGGAGCGCAUCACUGUGCCGGACCUGUUUGAGGACUUCGGUCGGAUUCCAGGAUUUUCACCCUACAGCGGCCCCAGCCUGAGCGACGUGGUCCUGCCUUCUGCUACGAACUAUUCAGAAAGGGCAGAACAGGAAUUUUUGCUUGAUGCUUAUUCUGUCCAUUCGGGCAUCACUGUCCCCGUCGCCCUGCCUGGGGACUGUGAGGCUGAAGGGGUGGCCACCUUGGUGGGAAACAGCAUGUUCCCAAGCCAGUACAAAGAGGUGGAAGAGCAUCUGGAAAUGGAGGCCGAGCCCAGAAUGGUGCAUGACAUCACAGGUGUGUGAAGGAGGGGCUGCACCGUCCAUUUCUGACCCAGGAGAAACUGACAGAAGAUUUGUUCCUUGCUGACAACUGAAGGAGGAAAAAGGUGAUAAAUAUAAGUGAUCUCUGCGGGACAGCCCUCUGCCUGCGAAGAAGACACGAAAGACUUGGAAGGGAAGAUUGCACUAAUUGUGGGAUAAUGGAAGAGACUGCAUCCUUCAGCCUGAAGAACUCUGCACGUGCUUCCUAUUUCUUCUUCCUCGAUUAUCUCAGUCUGUAAAAUCGGAGCAGCAAGAGCUGGGUGGAUUAUCAAAUUCCCCCAAAGCUGUAUGUGGUUUCUUUGGUUUUGGCUUAGUGUGAUGCAUGAACUAGGUUUAAAAAUCAUCUUUUAUGGCUUAGCAUGAUGUCAGAACCCAACUGGUGAUGGUUGGUCCAACAGAUCACAGUUAGGCAAGCCACUUUUUCCGUGCAAUGCGUGUAUCAGUCACUGAUCUUAAAAUGUGUGCACCCAUAUAUAAAAAUCAUAUAAGUGCCUUUGUGCCAGGCACAAAUGAAGGGCUUCCACCUCCCCCUGCAUGACAGUUAAUCCAGAUCAGUGGUUGACUAUUUUUAACUUUGCCCACUUUUCUUUUAACAGCCUCUGCACCCGUGGUGGGAUAAAGGAGAGAAGUGGCAUUAUGUGCCAUGAGGUCAUCACACAGAUGACGCCAUGAUGUAUGUGAUGUCAUUGUGACUUUGCUGGAUGCUUUUGCCUACACAUGUGGCCAGAUGUAGCUAGUGUGUUACAGGGGUAGGUACACAGGGGUCUUUCAAAUGUUGCUAUCACAGCAUCCUUGGCUAUAGCUGGAGGGUCAUGGUUUCCCCACUGUGGAUCUGUGUUCAGAAUAAAGCAGGGGCUAAAUAUCUUCAUCAAGAUACACAAGACAGUAUUCUAUUGUGCCUUAACUUACUUCCAAGGAGUAUAUGAAUACCGAGAGUAUCCAUUAAGCUGUCUUUAUGUUGAAAUUGAGCCACCAAUCUAAUCUCCCCUACAGUGGUUUUUCAAAAUGUUUUAAAUAGUGUUUCUGAGAUUCUUUCUACGUGGAGAAAUUACAGAGAUUUAUCUGGA